AUGCGGGAUUUAGUGUUCGUAGCAAUUCCAGUAAGAGACGUAAAGGAAUUUUUACAGGACUUCCAACACUGCAUUUGGGAAUCAGAAUGUCCGGAAGAGUUUGAAAGAAAAUGGGCUUCUAUCAUCAAAAAGGCGAACCUAUAUGACAAUGAAUGGUUAAAGUCAGUAUUUGAAUUACGUUCAAGAUGGGUGCCAGCAAAUGUUAAUCAUGUAUUUUCAGUUGGAAUGUCAAGUAGCCAACGUACAGAAAGCUUUCAUGCAUUUUUCAAGAGGUACUUUUCGAAGAAAAAUUUAUUGAUAGAUUUUAUACUUCGAUUUAAUAGGGCACUUGCACAUCAACGUCACGAAGACUUAAGUACUAAUCAUGUUGAUAUUAAUGAAAAGCUUAUUUUGAAACUACCAUUGGAAAUGGAAAAGCAAAUGGUUGAGAUAUACACACGCAAGAUUUUUUAUGAGUUUCAAGAUGAGUUGUGGCAUAGCGUAGUAACAAUGUCACAAAUUGUUAGUGAAAAUGAUACACAUAAAAUGUAUACGUUCCAGAUUUGUUCAAAUGGAGGUGUUCUAAGGGUUCAAGAAAUUGGUUAUGAUAAAGUUUUGGACUAUGCAUUGUAUAGCUGUAAAAAGUUUGAGAGUGAAGGGAUUCCAUGUAGACAUAUUUUGGCAUUUUUGCAACUCUUUGGUAAUAUUCCUCUGCCAAAUCAAUAUAUAAUGAAAAUGUGGAUUAGAAUUGCAAAAUCUCAAAUAAUAUACGACAAGGAAAGUGUAGAGAUAACUGGAAAAAAUGGUCCAAUGUUAACGUGGCGAAGUAAACUGUUCAAACUUUUCUCAAAAUUCGUUGAUAACAUCAUGUCAAAUGAAGAGGCAGCUGUAAUUGUGAAUGAUGCUUUGCAAAGUUUGCUUUACAAGUUUAAAUCCGUAGCUGGUAGCACAAAGAGUGGAGGCAUUUCUGAAAAAGGUAGUAAUGUUAAUAACACAACUUUGAAAGACCCAUCUCAAGUGAGGACAAAAGGAUGUGGUAGACGAUUAAAAGGGGAGAAAGAGAAAGCAACAAAUGCUACUAAGUAUAGAGGUCGACGUUGCAAUGGAUGUGGAAAACUUGACCAAGCGCACGACAGAAGAAAUUGUCCAAUCCUUAACAAUCGGUAA